AUGCCCCGCAGCAGGACCGAGCUGCCUCAGGGCACGGUGUCCUCCCCGCGCACGCCCAGAGGCCCCGGCCUGGGCAGCGAGGGUUCGAGGGCGGCCUCGGGCACCGCCGGCAUCAAGCUCGCCGUGCGGGUACGCCCGCUGGUCCCGCGCGAAGCGGGCAAGCCGGAGGGCGUGAGAGUUCACCCGUCCGAGAGCAGGGUGACCGUUUUCAGCGAGCAGGGAGUACACCCUCGUUGCCGACGCCGUGGUGGACAGCCGCGGCCACGGUUGCGACCUUGCGCCCAGCGGCGCCAGCAGCAGCGCAGCCCCCACGGGCGGUGA